UAUCCGAGACCUUUUCCUUUUUGGACGGCCAAUCCUCCGAACAAAAGAGGAGAGAAAAAUCCUCAUUCCUUCCUCCUCGUUCUUCCAACCCAAAUUCUGAACCCUAAUUGAAGAAUUUGACAUUAACCUUCAAGUCUUCUUGGGUUGGGUCCUCUCGAUUCCCUUAGGCGCGCUCUCAAUAGCUCGCCUUUGCGAAAUUGACAAACUUCAUGGCCCACCAAUUCUACGAACUUACAUUCUCUUCCGUCUUCAUCACGAUCGCCGUACUCUUCACCGUCUGCUCCGUCCCUACCGUCCGAUCUGAUGACCACUCCUCUGUCCUCCAACUACAUUCCCAAGACAACGGCAAGAACGACGCUGAUCUCUGCGGCGGGGUUUCCGUGCCAGCCUCCUGCCCCAUCAACUGCUUCCGCGCUGACCCAGUCUGUGGCGUCGACGGCGUCACCUACUGGUGCGGCUGCCCCGACGCUCUCUGCGCCGGCGUCAAGGUCGCCAAGCUGGGGUUCUGCGAGGUCGGCAACGGUGGGCCGGGCCCUCUCUCCGGUCAGGCCCUCCUUCUCGUCCAUAUUGUCUGGCUCAUCGUGCUCGGUUUCUCCGUUUUGUUCGGUCUUUUCUGAUGGAUUUUGAGGCGUUUCAUGGACUUCAUGUCAUUGAUUGAUUGGUCAGUUUUUUCUUUUUAUUUUUGUUCAUUUUGUUGUGAGAAUGUGGGCGAGAGGAGAGGCAUUCGGUGCAUUUUCUUUGUUCUGUAUGUAGGAUGCACAUAUAUACGGCUAUUGUCUGUCAUUUCCUCCGAUUCCUUCUGUUAUAUAUAUAAAUUCCCAUUUUUUUCUUCGGU